UUUUUUUUUAUUAAUAAGUAUUUAAUAAUAUAUAUAAGUGAUGAAGGGGCAAGCGAAACGUUUUGUGGACCACAAGGGCGAGUCGUACGAUAUGGAUCAGCUCGACAAAAGCGAGGAGAUCGCCACUGAAACUAAAGAACAGGAGAGCAUCGGAUUUUUGCAACUGUGGCGAUACGCAACCGUGACGGAACGUGUGCUAACAUGCAUCGGCGUCGUGGUCUCCUUCGGCUGCUCGUUUGCUCUCAUCGGCGGUGUUGUGUUGUACGGAGAACUGACAGCGCUGUUCGUGGAGAGAGAAAGAGCUAACGACAUCACAGGAAAGGUGGCUUUGCUGCCAGUUUUUAAAGGAGGAAGAGUAGUACCCGGCAAUAACACGACGGUGCACAAGAUGGCCCUUGAUGAAGACAGUCGCGCGUAUGGCGCUUCAAUGGGGGUGGUAAUGGCGAUGCAAUUGUUCUGCGCUGCUAUAUCUGUCACACUGGCCAACGUGGCUGCUGCCAGCAUGACAAACCGCCUCCGCAAGCAACUGCUCCGUUCUGUCAUCACCCAGGAAAUCGCCUUCUUUGACACUAACACUUCGUUGAACUUCGCAUCUGCGCUCACAGAGGACAUAGAAAAGUUGAAAGCUGGUGUGGGCGAGCACGUAGUAAUGACCACAUACCUCAUCGGCUCCGUGAUCUGCGGCGCAGGACUCUCGCUCAGCUACGGGUGGCAGUUGACCUUAGUUGGACUUGCUAUAGUACCUUUAGCUGUUGCUGUAGCUACCACGGUUUCAAAGUACCAAACGCGCUGCAGUACAGAUGAAGUGGCAGCAUAUGGCUCGGCAGGUCGCAUCGUCGAAGAAGCCCUUGCUUCUAUCAGAACUGUACGUGCUUACGGCGGAGAGGAUCUUGAAGUCACCAGGUACACGGAAGCCCUGGGUCCCGCAGCAUCAUUAUCACGACGCCGCGGUCUCUGGGCAUCGUCCGGUUCCGGUCUCGGCUGGCUACUCACGUACUCGCUCAACGCAAUCGUAUUUGGUUACGGAGCAGAACUAUGCAUAAAUGACUUGGACAAGCCGCCGCAAGAGCAGAUGUACCACCCGGGAAUCAUGGUCACGAUCCUGUUUUGCACGUUCAUGGCGCUCCAGAACAUCGCAAUGUUGGGCCCGCAUCUGGAGGUCUUCGCUGGAGCUCAAGGCGCUGCCUUUAACCUCUUUAAACUGCUGGAACGGAGUUCAAAGAUUGACGCCCUGCAAGACGCCGGCGAACGGCCCAUAUCUUUUAAGGGCAACAUCGUGUUUGACAACAUCUAUUUUAACUAUCCCAGUCGGCCGGAUGUGAAGGUCCUCCGCGGUCUGAACCUCUCAAUAAAUGCAGGAGAAACAGUCGCUCUGGUCGGCAGCUCUGGCUGCGGCAAAUCAACAAUAUUGCAGCUCUUGCAGAGGAUGUACGAGCCAGACAGUGGCACCAUCACCGUUGACGGGUACCAGCUUACGGAUCUCAAUUUGCAUAAUUACCGUACUAGUAUAGGUGUGGUGGGUCAGGAACCGGUACUCUUCAGUGGUACAAUUCGGGACAACAUCACGUUAGGGCUGGACAACGUCACGGAGCGGGACCUCAUCGAGGCCAGCCAGCUUGCGCAUGCGCAUCAGUUCAUCACAAAACUCGCGCAGGGAUAUGACACGGUUCUCGGUGAACGUGGCGCUCAGCUUUCUGGCGGACAGAAACAACGUAUUGCCAUCGCUCGUGCUGUACUCCGAAAGCCUGCACUACUGUUGCUGGACGAACCUACCUCUGCGCUAGAUCCUGCUGCCGAGAGACUAGUACAAGCUGCUUUAGACGAUGCGAGUAAGGGACGGACUACCCUCGUCGUUUCCCACAGAUUAUCAACAAUCGUGAACGCAUCGCGAAUCGUGUACAUGGAACAAGGCGCCGCGCUCGAACAAGGCACACAUCUCGAGCUGCUUGAGAAAAAAGGCCUUUAUUGGAAGCUCGUACAAGAGGAUCUUACCAGCAAGAGUGUGCUAACGCUACAGCAAGCUGAGCCAGAUACGGACGAGGACGACGACGCCGUGAAGGCAAUCAAACCGCAGUUAAGGAACACGUUAAGGCGAUCCACACGCAGGUCCAGAGCAAACCUGACGCGGGACAGCAUGAUCCGCGGCAGCCGCCGUCUCGGUGGCGCAGUCGCCUCAGUCCAUAUGGUUGCCGCCCAGACGCCAGAUCCUCUCAUCGCUGAUGAGGAACCUGAAGAAGCAGAAGAAGAGCCCCCGGCAUCCACCAUUGCUCUUCUACGAUUGAAUGCGCCGGAGUGGCCGUUGUUAGUAGGUGGGGGGAUUGCUUCUUUCAUCAUCGGGACAACUAUGCCUAUAUUUGCCUUGCUCUUCUCCAAAUUGUACGGGAUGUUUGCUCUAGAAGACAAGGACGAAAUCCGAGCUCAGUCUCAAUUGUGCGCCGGUCUCUUCGCUUUAGUGGCCCUGAUAUGCGGUCUGGUGACAUUCCUUCAAGCGUGGUUGUUCAACUUAGCUGGAGCAAAAUUAACCGAUCGACUUAGAGAGAUCACCUUUAGGAACUUUCUUAAACAGGAGCAAGGCUGGUACGAUGAGACGCAAAACUCCGUCGGAGCACUCUGCGCACGCAUCUCAUCAGAUUGCGCUGCCGUUCAGGGUGCCACAGGCACACGACUGGGCACAAUGUUGCAGGGCACGAGUACAAUGGUGCUGGGCAUAUUGAUGUCUUUAGGUUUCCAGUGGAAGAUGACCCUUGUUUCGCUGAUCAGCGUGCCUUGCGUGAUCGGAGGCAUUUACAUGGAAGGCUGGAUGACACGUCGCGCUGAAAUCCUUGAACGUGCCGCAUUGGAACAAGCCUCAAGAAUCGCCACUGAGGCCGUACUCAAUGUACGGACGGUGCAGAGCCUCGGUGUAGAGAAGACGAUUCUGGAACGCUACACCGCUGCCCUGACCGAAGCGGCAACGCGCGCACGCCGUGUUUUCUACGUACGUGGACCCGUGUACGGCCUUUGCAUGUGUGCGCCUGCAUUAGGAUACACCGUAUCGCUGGCCUAUGGAGGGACCCUCAUUGCUUCAGAAAACGUCCCAUACCCUAAUGUUAUUCUUGUAUCUGAAGCUUUGAUCUACGGCGCGUGGAUGUUGGCUGAAGCGCUGUCCUUCGCGCCGUCGUUCAACGCGGCUCGCCGCGCAGGUGCACGCAUACUCAAGGCGCUCCACCGUCAACCCAGCAUCGUCACUGAAGAGACCGCCGUUUACGACCCUGACUGGCACGCAAAAGGCCACGUUUCCUACAGUCUCGUGCAUUUCCGCUAUCCGACCCGGCCUCAAGUUCCUGUGUUGCGUGGGCUCAGUCUCAAGCUGGAAGCUGGAAAAAGCCUGGCGCUCGUUGGAGGUUCUGGAUGCGGCAAAAGCACACUCAUGCAUAUCCUGCUGAGGAGCUAUGACCCCGACAUUGGAUCUGUGGCAAUCGACGAUCGCGACAUCAAGCGCACGUUAACACUUCCCCAGCUGCGCGCCCAGCUGGGCCUGGUGCAACAGGAGCCUUCUUUAUUCGCAAGGACGAUUCGCGAGAAUAUCGCUUAUGGUGACAAUAACCGGGAAGUGCCGAUAGACGAAAUUAUGAACGCGGCUAAGUGCUCUAAUAUUCACAGUUUCAUCAUGUCGUUACCACAGGGUUACGACACGGUGCUGGGCUCCGGCGGUGCCUCGAUGUCUGGCGGACAGAAGCAGCGCGUGGCGAUCGCCAGGGCGCUCGUGCGGAACCCGAGGGUGCUUCUACUCGACGAGGCAACAUCAGCACUGGACGCCGCUAGCGAAAAGACGGUGCAAGCUGCUCUCGAAGUCGCUGCAAAAGACCGCACAACCAUCAUCAUAGCACAUCGACUCGCCACAAUACAACACGUUGACACGAUUUGUGUCAUAGACAAAGGUGUGGUAGCAGAGCAAGGCUCCCAUCAAGAGCUGGUGGCAAAACGAGGGUUGUACUACGAACUGCUGCAACAGCAGGCGCCCACAACUGCCUUAUGAUCGUCAUAAAUCAGAAGUCAAUUAUUAGUUCAUUAAGUUGCCGUAAGCCUGCACAGGUGGUAUUAAAUCUUUUUUUUAAGACCUAAAACACCUCUAUUACAACAAUGAAACUCAUAAUUGGAUGUAGUUAAGCAAAAAGAAUCCAAUCCACCAAAUUAUCAAAAAGUGAGUUAUGUGUAGCAAACGGUUUCUAAAGUCUAGCCUGUUAGAUGAGCAAAAAAAAUCCAACAUUAACAUAAAUAAAUAUUUCUGCAGUUACAUGACAGAGUUAGAAACAACACUUUUAAACUUCAAACUGCCAUAUUUCGAAAGCGA